AUGUCUCAAUACAUCCAAAACACGACUUUUGAGGGUGGCCGGCCACAACAGACGCAGGCACCAACAAUGCAUCCUGGAUACGAGGGCUUCAAUCGAGGUUCGGGCCACGCCAUGCACCCUGAAGAAUACGUCUUCAACGACAAUGCCGGCCAUCAGUUCCAAUACGGAGCUCAAGGCCAAUAUCCGCAAGGUGGUCAAUUCUACGACGCGGAAGCUGCACAAGCCUUGCAGCAUGCUUAUGGGAAGGAUCAGCCUUCCAACACCUUCCAUCAAACCGGCGCCAGUAUUGAUAAUGGUCGAUCUUUUCAACAAGGCGGGCAAUCCAAUGGCCAACAUGGACACACCCAGUCUUUCAAUAAUGCCCAAACCCCCCGAGCCUACGCCCAUCUUCGCCAGCCCAGCGUCGACAUGCAUUUCAGCCAGCGAAAUGCUUCCUCCUCUGGUCAUCGAGGCCACCCUCAAGCCACCCAUCAAUCACCCAACUUCGAAAUCCCCUUCUCUGCAGAUGGCCUGCCCCAGCAAUCGCCCCAGUAUGGUGACCCAGCCAUGCGUGGGGAUUUGCCAAGACGCCAAAGUACUCAAACUGAGUACAACCCUUUCGGUCCUGUUGUGCCUUACACUGAAGGUGAGGACUAUGAGGAUGAGGAUGAAGUUGAAGAGUACGACGAAUUCAAGCAGGAGGGCAGUGCGAACUCCUCCGAGGGAGACACCGAAGAUGAAAGUGUCGCCAAACUGGCGGUCUCACGCUACGAGAGCAACGUUCAAAACGAGCAGGCUUCACACCGUCUCACUAUCACCAGCGAGGCUGCAUACCAUGCUGCAGCAGCCCAGCGAAUCAACUCUGAGAUUGCGAACAGACGAAAUGACAAGGACUUUGUGGAUACCUGUCCCACUGAUCCUACUGAGAUUCAAAACUUAGUAGGACUCAUCUAUGAAGCCCUCAAGUUUACCAAAGACGGUAUCAUCAAGGACAAGCCGAACAAAAACGGACGACCAGCCCAGGCUGUGAAUCGAAUGGCUGGAGGCUUCUAUAAAACAGAGGCACUGGAAAUGGCAGCAUGGGGCAUCUUUGAGGACUGCAGAGUUGCCUCUUACGGCGUGUCCCUUGUAGAGACACAUCACAAGGGCAAAUUCGAGUCGUUCGAUGUCCACCCAACUUUUUAUGACCGCCUCAACGCGGUCAUCGACACAAUUGGUUGCUCAAAAGCCGCGUGUAAGCAAGUGCUGGAUGCACCAUUCCGCAACCGUCUUGUGAAUGCCCCGAUUUCCGAACUUCGGAUGAAAGUCGGAAACUCGCGCAUUAACGGAAGGCGGGACAAGCAGAACCUCGCUGGUCGUGUAGCAGCGAAGGCUGGGCUCGACCAAGACCGUCUGGAUGCAAUGGCCAGAGAGAAGGCCGCGGAGGAUGCAAGAAUCAAGCGAGAGAUAGAGGCUGCUGGAGGUGCCGAUGAGAACUUUCCUCAGUCGGCCAAAAAGUCGGCCAAGAAGUCCGCCAAAAAGGAGCCAAAUUCGUCGAUGCCGCCGCCGAAGACUCCGACAAGAAAGAGAACCAACGUCGAUGGUGCAACACCUACGAGCAAGCGUAGGAAAACUCCAGCCAGCACCCCGACCAAGAUAAAGGAGGAGUAUGUGACUCCAACAAGCACUCCAACACGCGGCUCUGCACGUCGCCUCGUGGUCCGCCGCCCAUCGAACUACCAGCCGGUUCGCAUGGGCAAUAACUUUGGCACUCCGAUCGACCCUGCUCUCAGCAUGGGCAACUCCUUCCUCCCCCCUGCCCCGGAAAUCACCGACGGCAAUCAGCACUACAAAGAGCUGAUUUGCGACACGCUUGGUGUUGUUCGGACCUACGGCGAUUCUCUCGAGUUAGGUGACCUCCGAUUGUACGCAUAUGCGUAUAACGAAGACAAGAUUGGGAACCAAUGGCACACUCACGAAUUGAGCAGUGAUGAAUAUGGUCAUGGUCACCUAGUGAUCGCGAGAUCUGGGGGGGGCCAGAUCAGCAUGCACUUGACGAGAUUUCCGGCGCUGCAGAAGCUAGAGCCCUUGGCCAGAGCUCGAGGUGACCUUGCAAACAUGGAAACGGCAAGUCCCCGUGCUCGUGCCUUUUAUGGGCACCAACUUCCACACGAAACCCGCCAGGCGAUGGGCCUGGAGCCGAACCAAUUCGGAAUCUGGGGUGGUUAG